GAGCGCCGUCCUAGCCGGCCGCUCCUCCCCGUCUGCGGGCGCGCACCUCCCGGGCCCGUUCCGCCGCUGCCACCGCCGCCCCCCGCCGCAGCCGCUGCUCUCUGCCGCCGGGCGUUUCCUGCGCCUCUCCCUGGACGCCCCGCAGGUGGGUCUUCUUUGGUCACCCGACUCUGUGCCACACCCAGAACCCUGAGCCUCAGCAUCAUGCACGGCCGCCUGAAGGUGAAGACCACCGAGGAGCAAGCGGAGGCCAAGCGGGUGGAGCGCGAGCAGAAGCUGAAGCUGUACCGGGAGGCCACCGAGGCCAUCUUCCAGAAGCGACAGGAGGGCCACCUGGAUGAAUCGGUCUUGGAGCUAACCAGCCAAAUCCUGGGGGCGAACCCCGACUUUGCCACUCUGUGGAAUUGCCGACGGGAGGUGCUGAUGCAGCUGGAGACUCAGAAGUCCCCUGAGGAGUUUGCGACCCUAGUGGCAGCCGAACUAGGGUUUUUGGAGAGCUGCUUACGGGUGAACCCUAAGUCCUAUGGAACCUGGCAUCAUCGCUGCUGGCUACUUGGCCGCCUACCUGAACCCAACUGGACCCGUGAGCUGGAGCUGUGCGCCAAGUUUCUGGAAGCUGAUGAACGUAACUUUCAUUGCUGGGAUUACAGAAGGUUUGUGGCCCAAAAGGCACUUGUGCCCCCAGAAGAGGAGCUAGCUUUUACUGACAGCCUCAUUACUCGAAAUUUCUCCAACUACUCCUCCUGGCACUAUCGAUCUUGCCUCCUGCCCAAGCUACAGCCACUGCCAGAUUCGCAGCCACCAGGACGCCUUCCUGAAGAUAUUCUACUACGUGAGCUGGAGCUGGUACAGAAUGCCUUUUUCACAGAUCCCAAUGACCAGAGUGCCUGGUUCUACCACAGAUGGCUCCUGGGUCGAGCUGACCCUCAGGAUGCCAUUCGCUGCCUCCAUGUGAGCCGGAAUGAGGCUUGUUUGACUGUCUGUUUUUCUCGGCCCAUAAUUGUGGGCCCUGGCAUAGAGACCGUGAUGCUCUUGGUGGAUGAGUCUCCCCUUCCUGUGGAGUGGAGGACACCAGAUGGCAGAAACCGGCCCAACUAUGUCUGGCUGUGUGACCUGCCAUCUGACUCCCUUGAUGACCAGUCCUCUCAACAUUCAUUCUCCCUCAUGUGGGGUGAUGUCCAGAAGGACUGUGUGCUUUACAAAGGUCGAAAGGAAAGUUGGCACCGAGACUCUGCCACAGAUGAGCAGCUGUUCAGAACGGAGCUAUCAGUGGAGAAGUCAACUGUGUUACAGUCGGAGCUGGAGUCCUGUAAGGAGCUGCAGGACCUGGAACCGGACAACAAAUGGUGUCUGUUGACUAUCAUCCUGCUGAUGCGGGCACUGGAUCCGCUGGUGUAUGAGAAGGACACUCUGAAGUAUUUUCAGACCCUCAAGGUAGCGGACCCAAUGCGGGCUUCUUACUUGGAUGAUCUUCGAAGCAAGUUCUUGAUGGAGAACCACGUUCUCAAGAUGGAGUACGCUGAAGUGCGAGUGUUGGACCUAUCUUACAAGGAUUUGACUGUGCUCUGCCACCUGGAACAGCUGCUGUUGGUCACUCAUCUUAACCUCUCCCACAAUCUGCUCAGAAGUUUGCCUCCUGCCCUGGCUAUGCUGCGCUGCCUUGAGGUUUUGCAGGCAGAUGGAAAUGCCAUAGAGUCUGUGGAGGGUGUUGUUAAUCUGCCCAGACUACGGGAGCUCUCUCUGUGUGACAACCGCCUACAGCACGCCUCAGCCCUUCAGACUCUGGCCUCCUGUCCAAAGUUAUCCCUUCUCAGCCUGGAGCGCAACCCCCUCUGCCAGCUAGAGGCGGCUCCAGAGGAGCUGAGGGCUGUGCUGCCUGGUGUGGACAGAAUCCUGACCUAGGGGACUCUCCCGCUACAUACCCUGGGUACCCUUCCCACCCUUGACCUUUAAUUUAUUUGAACUGAAUAAAGGACAGAAAAGCCUCCAUGUGGGCUGA